AUGGAAGGAGUAAAAGCAAGAAGAAGUGUAGCAAUUGCACUAGUGUUUCUUAUAGUAUGUAUUGUUCAUGUAGAACCAUCUGAAUCCCAAGCCAAAAAUAAUUAUUGGUGUUUUCUGAAGUGUGCUCUUUCAUAUUGUCUUCGUUUUGGAGGGCCACCGCCAGGGCCACCAGUCAUGGAUCCAGCAUGUGAAGAGGAUUGUGCAAACAAGUGUGCAUCACAUCCUUUUGAAGUUUCAAAGAUACUGAAAAACGACCCUCAUCAUCUUUGUCAAUUUGGUUGUGUUGUUUCAGUUUGCUCUCCUAUAAUCACAGGAGAAAAUCCAGCUUCCGACAAGAUAGAAGGGUGUGUGGAAUCUUGUGAUACUACAUGUAGCAAGCAUUGUUGAUCGUCAAAAGAGGAGUAUCAAAGAUUGAUACAAGUGGCUAAACAAUUUACAUGAUUACAUUGGAUGAUUUGAUGGGCUGGUGUAAAAGAUUUCCAAUGAAUUAAUAAGAUAAUAUAUU